CUAUCAUGCACGGGACCCUGAACCCGAAGGAGUUUUUGAGGGGUGCCACCCCUCCGACCGAUAAGUCUGUGCUCUCCCGUCAGGCCGACGAUGUCCUCUGCUCUAAGGUUCUGAUGGCCUCGGUUACGGCGAGCCUUGGCCUUGGCGAGCUGGUCCAGAGGAUAGAACAGCAUGACUCGGAGAAGAAGAAAGACACUGAAGCACUGGCUGAGGCCCGAAGGCAGCUCAAGGAGGCCGAGGACGCUCGCAAAGCUGAGCAAGAGGCUUUCAAAGAAAUCCUCGAGGGCUCCAAGACGGUGGCCAGAGCCGAAGGCAAAGCAGAGGCGGAGAAGGC